GAUUAAAGUGUAUUAAGGAGAAAGCAUGAGUGUAUGUUUUUGUCUUGAAAACAAAAUGUCAUUAGUGCUUUUAAUGCCGGCGUGACACGUUUAUCAAGGACAUGUUUUUUUAUAUAUAUAUAAAAAUAAAUAAAUAAAAAGAAGCUUGGCAGAUACAAAAAUAAUUGGAUCUUAAUAAAAAAAAUCGUUAAUAUCGUUUGAUUUGGUAUACAUGUCUAAUUGCCAAAGACAGAAGAGGCAGUCACAAUCACAAGUAUUACCAGUUUAAGAAGGAUCAAUGAUAUGAGAAAAUCGACCUCAUUUCAUAAAGGAUCGGAAGGACAACAGAACCCAAAGAAUUGACGUAUAAUAUUGCAUAAUGAUGGCAUCAUCAACGCCGACACUGUAUACCCCUUCAAACAAACAAGAAUGUCAAGCGGCCGUGAGAAAGCUCAGCCGGGAAACAGUGAUAUCCCUUGAUGCUGAAGGUGUUCAACUUGGAAAAGACGGUCCUCUCACACUGCUACAGAUUGGGACACUGGACGGAACCGUCUACUUAUUUGACGUCAUGAUAAAUGAAAAGAAACAGGAUAAAAAGUUCUUCACUGAGACAGGGCUUAAUGCCAUCUUGACAUCAACGAAAAUCAUCAAAGUGAUCCAGUCUUGUUCAGGAGACAGUGCUGCUCUGUACCACCAGUUUGGCAUCAGACUUGAAAAUGUUUUUGAUACACAGGUGGCACAUCUUGUGAUCCAAGAACACGAAGGAAGAAAACUACCAGCAAGAGAGAAACUUGCAGAUAUAUGUAAGAUGUAUUCCGAAAACGCCGAAGUUUACGAAGGCAAAGAAGAUGUAAAGUUGGAAUGGAGUAAACUUGCGGGAAAUUUUUGGGCAAAGAGGCCAAUGACAAAAGAGAUGUUAGACUACGCCAGUGCAGACGUAACUGCUCUCAUUCCAGAAGUUUAUGAAACACAAAACAGGUACAUUAGAGAAAAUGGUAUUUUUGAUUUAUUUGAGGAGAGAGUUCAAGAAGAAAUUGAGCUCGAGAUAGAUCCUAAUGCUAAGGAACGCCGCAAAGAGAGAACUGCUCACAUCCGAAUGUGAAUACUUGAUGAAAUGGCAAAAAAGUACAAAAUACGAACAGACUUUGCAUCGAUUUCGGAUGAAGAUGAAAUAAAGGCACUAAAUGAUACAAAUGUUGAAGAGAUGGAGGGCCUUUCUGAUGUAAUACAAAACUUAAAGCGGCAAUCAAUGGCAAGUUUUCUGAAGUCCAUUGAAGAAAAGCUCAGGACACAUGAAACCUUCAACGCAGGUCGUGGUCUUAUAUUCAAGCUUAACGACAUUGAACAUCGUGGUUCUGAAAAAAUGCAGAAAGAGGCAACUCGAAUCAAGCAAGUGGUGAACAAGGUGGUAACUGGUGAUGUACAAACGAAGUAUAAUGCCGACACACCUCUUGAGAACCUAUCUGCCCCGGAAUAUCAAAUAAUCAGAGGACUUAAACUACUUUCAGAGGAUGCCUCGCGUUACCAUCCAACUAUAAUUGCUUUGUACUGGAGAAUUGUAGAAAAAGAACUUGGAGACGCUACUGAUUCGUUAAAAGCCGAUCCAAAUUACAACAUUAGUAUAUCGAUUUCUAAACUGAGAUUUUUCACAAACAACCCUGGUGUUCCAAGAAAUGCAAAAAGAUUAGCACACGAAUUGCUGGAAAAACAAGAAUCUACCAUACUGCAGAGAAUUCCACAUAGAUAUACAAGAAAUACUAAAACAGAAGAGCUGACGGAUUCCGAAAGGAUGGUUCUAGGAGGACUGAGACUCACGUCAGGCAGUUACCACCCGGUCGUAGCGGCUUUGCACUGGAAGAUUGCAUUACAGAAGUUGGAUAAGGAUCUAAAAGAUUAUCGAGCCGGAAAUCUUCGUGUGAACGAUGGACUUCGAAGGAAGCUAGACUUCUACAUAAAGAAUGUAUCAGUUCCUAGUGAUGUAAGGCAGAGAGCUAAGGAAUUUCUCCAGGUUUUACCGCAAUCAAAUAGGGGCGGUGGAAGACGAUAUUGAAUGUUGAGCUUUAAACUUAAAAAGAAAACCAGACGUUUCAUUAUAACAAGAGUAUGUUCAUGAACCUUAUAGUGUAAUGUAUGAUUACCUUUAUAUAUAUGAUAAAUGUAUUUGUUGCAAAAUGAUUAUAUAUAAUGCUAGUUAUAUCUUUUUUGCUUUUAUUUUUGUCUGAUAUUUGCAUGUUUGCUUGUGAUAUAUUUGUCAAUUUUCAUGUCAUUUACUCUAUCUUAUAUCCAAAAAUAUUGCAAUUGAUACCAAGAGUUUUUCAUAAAGAAGUUCCAAUUAGUUGCUCUUGCCUCUCACGUUCAAUAUAUAUAUUUUUACUACUUUUUUUCUUUUAUACAAUUUGAAAGCCUGUAAUACAUAGGAAGUAAAGAAAAUGAAUAUAGUAAAAAGACUUCCGUUUAUUUUUAUGCCUUCCCUUUUUUUAUGAAUUAGAUUAUCGCUUGAUUCAACGAAGCACAUGUUAAUAUGCACUUAUUUUAAUGAAACUACUUUUAAUGAUUUAUUUUCUUAAUUUUAACAAAACACAUAUCUAGAGCAUCUGAAUUUGUUCCGAUAAAAGGAAAGACUUCACUGUGAACUCGAUAGUAAUGCGAACUAUGUUUUAUUGAUGCUUAUAAAAUUAGAGAUAAAGAAUAGAGUUAAUUUUUAAUAUGUAUAAAAAGUGCACUAUAUGCAGUAUUUUGAAAUAUUUCUGUAAAAUAAAAUGAACGUUUCCCCUAUACGUCAUGUAUUAAUGAUUUGUGAAAUAAAACUUAAAGGGAUGAAUCAA